AUGGUCUCUUCAUUGAUCACGGCGCGCUCUGCCCGCACGAUUUUGCCCAAUGCUGCUUCGAAGCGUUUCCUUUCCGACAUUGCCAUCACUAGGACGGGCAAGCCAAUUGUUCGCACGGAGGGUGGAAGAUCCUCUCUUGGAGGCCAUACCGCUACCGUUUUCGGCGCAACCGGUCAGCUCGGUCGCUAUAUUGUGAACAGGCUCGCCCGACAAGGAUGCACCGUUGUCGUUCCAUACCGUGAGGAAAUAACGAAACGCCACCUCAAAGUGACUGGCGACCUCGGGCGAGUUGUCUUUAUCGAAUAUGAUCUGCGCAACACAGCCUCAAUCGAAGCUAGCGUUCGCCACUCUGAUAUCGUCUACAACCUCGUUGGCCGUGACUAUCCUACCAAGAAUUUCUCUCUCGCCGAUGUCCAUGUCGAAGGAACCGAACGUAUUGUCGACGCUGUGGCGAAGUAUGAUGUCGAUCGUUAUAUUCAUGUGUCCUCGCACAACGCCAGCACUGCGUCAGCAUCCGAGUUCUUUGCCACAAAGGGACGUGGGGAGGAAGUUGCGCGAGGCAUCUUCCCGGAGACUACUCUUGUUCGCCCUGCUCCGAUAUUUGGGUUCGAGGACAACCUACUUCUGAAGUUGGCGUCUGUGUUGAACUUGUUCACGGCCAAUAACAUGCAAGAGAAGUUCUGGCCAGUCCACUCAAUCGAUGUUGGCGCUGGUCUGGAAAAGAUGCUAUACGAUGACUCUACAGCAGGCCAAACCUUUGAGCUGUAUGGCCCCAAGCAGUACAGCAUGGCGCAGAUUGCCGAAAUGGUCGACAAAGAAAUUUUCAAACAGAGGAGACACGUCAACAUACCGAAGGCUACUCUCAAGCCCGUUGCUGGCGUUCUCAACAAAGCCCUUUGGUGGCACACUAUGUCGGCCGAUGAGGUGGAGCGGGAGUUCAUCGACCAAGUCAUUGAUCCUGAGGCCAAGACUUUCAAGGACCUUGGUCUUGAGCCCGGCGACAUAGCCAACUUCACCUACCAUUACUUGAUUCAGCAAGGCUUCCGCAGCCAGAACUACUAUGACCUACCCCCAGCGACGGAGAAGGAAAAGCGUGAAGACAAGAAGUAUAUCCAUGUCUUGGAUGAGUUGUAA